AUGUGCAACACCACUUGUCUUGUUUCGGAUACGUUCGAUGAUUCCACCAGUGGUGUAAAAUGUUAUCAAUCCUAUUGUGUUCCACCUAAUAUUUCUCAAUUUGAAAUAAAUCCACAUCGUAUCGAGAUGCAAGGCAUUUUGUGCUUGAACAAAGCGGAAUGUCAAAUUGAACUACAGAAAAUUGAUGUUUAUUGUCGAGCUGACGAUUGUUCACAGCCGGAAAUUUUUAAAGAGAUCAGACAUGAGUUGACCUUUGCGCUUGGCGAUCUGAGUGCCCUUCGUAAUCUAACAUGUUCGACGAUGGCAUCGACGGCACAAUUUUACAGUACUAAAGCGACGAGCACUCCACCAUUUUAUAAUCCAAACUCUUGUAACAGUUCAUUAUUGAUGCCAGGCCUCAAUGGUUCGUGCAUUACGAUCAUUGAUGCGAAUAAUGAAGCAAUAGACUUUCUACUCAACCUGCCAAAUACUGCGGAUAGUACUCAAAUCGCCAAUGCUCUCACAGUGUAUUUUAGUUCGAUUUCUAAUCCGAAUUUAUCUCAACACCGAAACAGAACAUUACCGCUAGCUAAUGUGGACACUUUGGUUGGGUUUCUCAAUUACAGUGUUACUCUCAAUGCAGCUACGUCUUUCAUCAUAUGCCGACCAACGGAUGAGAAGGAUAUUGCAUUAGGUGCAUCGUUUCAGUCUGGUUCCGGUGGUCAGAUCAUCAAGAAUUCGACUGAAGCUGACAUAAUCAACUCGAAUUUGACAGCCGCAGCAAUUCUUAAUCCUAGCUCAUUGAUUGGUGCUGACACUUUCAUCGUCGAUAGUGGUGGUUAA